CAAACGGUCUCUAACUCCCAAACGGGAAGCGCUAACAUUAGACGGAUUUGGAACUUCAAAAAUUACAAGCCCCAAAGUUAUCAGUGAGCUUCAACGGAACUCGGUUGAAUUUGAGAUUUUGACGUAGGUUCUGAAAUAAAGGGUUUAAAAAUUGAGUUGACACUUGUUACUGGUUUCUUCUCUUGUCAAGCUUUUUGAUUUUUUGACCUAGGGUUUGAACAACCUUGUGGAUCUUCUGUUGUAUUGUGUUGUGUUGCGAACGAUUAGUAUAUUUUUCAAGGGCCUAGGUCCUUGAUUUGUAGGCCUCACUUUACUGUUAAAGAUGGGGUCUGACUUGAGGAGGUGGGUUUCAGACAAAUUGAUGUCUCUUUUGGGGUACUCACAGCCCACGGUUGUUACUUACGUUCUUACUCUUUCUAAGAAAGCUUCAUCACCUUCUGAUCUAACUAAUCAGCUCGUAGAUAUGGGAAUGUCAUCCUCGGGUGAAACAAGGGUGUUUGCUCAAGAAAUUUUUUCUAGAGUUGAGCGCAAGACGACAGGGCCAAAUCUGUAUUUACAACAAGAAAGGGAGGCUGCAAAGUUGGUGAGGAAGCAAAAAACCUACACGCUUCUGGAGGCUGAUGAUGAUGAUGACAAUAAUGUUGGUGGUGAAAGUAAUUCUGUGUCCUCUCAGACUAGGAAAGAGGAUACCCAUCAGAAGAAGUUCAGGAAGAGGGUUGAGACCCAUGAAGACGAAGACGAAGACGAAGACGAUGAGGUAGUUAGGAAUGUGGGCGAUGAAAGACGGGUUAGGAGACGAACUUCCCUAGAUGAAGAUGACAGUGACAACUCCGAGUCAGAAGAGGAAAUACUUCGUGACCAAAAGGAGAGGGAGGAGUUGGAACGACAUCUCAGAGAGCGAGAUGCUGCAGGAACUAGAAAGUUGGCAGAGCCAAAAUUAACAAGGAAGGAGGAAGAAGAGGCAAUCAGGAGGUCUGAUGCGUUGGAGCGAGAUGACAUUGGUGCUUUAAGGAAGGUUUCAAGACGAGAAUAUUUAAAGAAGAGGGAGCAGAAGAAGCUAGAGGAACUAAGAGACGAUAUAGAGGAUGAGCAGUACCUGUUUGAGGGAGUGAAGCUGACAGAAGCGGAGCAACGUGAAUUAAGCUAUAAGAAACAGAUAUAUGAACUAGUUAAGAAGCGAUCAGAAGACACCGAUGACCUAGGCGAGUAUAGGAUGCCUGAUGCCUAUGAUCUUGAAGGCGGUGUAAAUCAGGAAAAGAGAUUUUCGGUGGCUUCGGAACGUUACAGGGAUCCUGCUGCUGCUGAAAAGAUGAACCCCUUUGCAGAACAAGAAGCAUGGGAGGAACAUCAGAUUGGGAAGGCAACACUUAAAUUCGGGUCAAAAAAUAGGAAGCCCACAUCUGAGGACUAUCAAUUUGUUUUUGAAGACCAAAUUGAGUUCAUAAAGGCAGCAGUGAUGGAUGGUGUUAAUGUUGACCAAGAGUCUCCCGCUGAGUCAAUAGAGAAGUCUAUGGCGAAAUCAGCAUUUGAAAAACUUCAGGAGGAUAGGAAGACCCUACCAAUAUAUCCCUACAGGGAUGAUUUGCUCCAAGCUGUUAAUGAUCAUCAGGUUCUUGUUAUUGUUGGAGAAACGGGUUCCGGGAAGACCACCCAGAUACCGCAGUAUCUACACGAGGCGGGGUAUACCAAACGCGGGAAGAUUGGAUGUACUCAACCUCGUCGGGUUGCUGCAAUGAGUGUUUCUGCACGUGUUUCUCAAGAAAUGGGAGUGAAACUUGGGCACGAGGUUGGCUACUCUAUUCGCUUUGAAGACUGCACUUCCGAAAAAACAUUGCUGAAAUAUAUGACUGAUGGGAUGUUGCUGAGAGAAUUCCUUGGUGAGCCUGAUCUAGCAAGCUAUAGUGUCAUCAUGGUCGACGAGGCUCACGAAAGAACACUAUCCACUGACAUCUUGUUUGGCUUGGUUAAGGAUAUUGCUCGAUUUCGGCCUGAUCUAAAGUUGCUUAUUUCAAGUGCGACUCUAGAUGCAGAGAAGUUCAGUGAUUAUUUCGACUGCGCUCCAAUUUUUAAAAUUCCUGGAAGGCGGUUUCCAGUUGAGAUACACUACACAAAAGCACCAGAGGCCGAUUACUUGGAUGCAGCAGUAGUCACCGCUCUUCAGAUCCAUGUAACUCAGCCACCUGGUGAUGGUGAUAUCUUAAUCUUUUUGACUGGGCAGGAGGAGAUUGAAACAGCGGAGGAGAUCAUUAAGCACCGGAUAAAGGGUCUGGGUACAAAAAUUGCUGAGUUGAUAAUUUGCCCAAUAUAUGCAAACCUGCCAACAGAACUGCAGGCCAAGAUAUUUGAGCCCACUCCUGAAGGGGCUCGUAAGGUUGUCCUGGCUACAAAUAUUGCUGAAACAUCAUUGACAAUUGAUGGGAUUAAAUAUGUUAUUGAUCCAGGAUUCUCUAAGAUGAAGUCUUACAACCCUCGGACAGGAAUGGAGUCACUACUGGUCACCCCUAUAUCGAAGGCGUCUGCGAACCAACGGGCUGGUCGAUCUGGAAGAACUGGUCCUGGGAAGUGCUUUCGAUUAUACACUGCUUAUAACUACAUGAAUGAUUUGGAAGAUAACACAGUCCCGGAAAUACAAAGGACCAACCUUGCAAAUGUCGUGCUCUCUCUCAAGAGCCUUGGGAUUCAUGACUUGCUGAAUUUUGACUUCAUGGACCCCCCGCCAGCAGAAGCUCUACUUAAAGCGCUGGAACUGCUCUUUGCCCUUAGUGCCCUUAAUAAGCUUGGCGAGUUAACAAAAGUAGGUAGAAGAAUGGCCGAGUUUCCUCUAGAUCCGAUGCUGUCCAAGAUGAUUGUUGCCUCUGACAAAUACAAGUGCUCUGAUGAAAUAAUAAGUAUUGCUGCAAUGCUUUCUGUGGGGAAUUCUAUCUUCUAUCGUCCAAAGGACAAACAAGUCCACGCGGACAAUGCACGGAUGAACUUUCACAUGGGCAAUGUGGGAGAUCAUAUUGCUUUGCUAAAGGUUUAUAAUUCCUGGAAGGAAACAAACUUCUCAACGCAGUGGUGCUAUGAGAACUACAUCCAGGUCAGAAGCAUGAAGAGAGCCAGAGAUAUCCGAGAUCAAUUGGAGGGCCUGCUGGAAAGGGUGGAAAUUGAGUUGACUUCAAAUAUUAAUGACUUGGAAGGUAUAAAGAAGUCUAUUACAUCGGGAUUUUUCCCCCACUCAGCAAAACUACAAAAGAAUGGGUCUUAUCGAACUGUUAAACAUGCCCAGACAGUUCACAUUCACCCCAGCUCAGGUUUAGCACAGGUGCUCCCUAGAUGGGUUGUCUACCAUGAGCUGGUCCUGACAACUAAGGAGUACAUGCGGCAGGCAACUGAACUGAAACCCGAAUGGCUUGUAGAAAUAGCUCCUCACUACUAUCAGUUGAAAGAUGUUGAAGACGCUAGCUCAAAGAAAAUGCCUCGCGGAAGUGGCCUUGCAUCUUAGGAUCAACUCCUAUUUUUGCAAAAGAAAAGAGCAUUGACAAGAGAGUGGUUUAUGCUAUGAAAAUCUGCUCAUUAUACUGCUAGGCAGGACUCUGCUAACUGAAGAGGUCCAUGGACAUUAACUGAGAUGAUUAGAUAACUGUAUAUAUGAUUUUGUAGAUUGAUUUUUGUAAAUUUACGGCUGUAAUUUUCUGUGCGUGCGUCUUUUUGAUGUAUUUGUUGUAUUAGGGAGCUCAACUGUCUGAUUAAUGAAUUGUGGCAUUAGUACUGUGUAUUGGUUAUGUAAUAUAUAAAUUGUGGUUAAUCCAUUUGUUUUAUACGA